CUUGAGCCUAAGGAGGUGACAGAGAGGCCUGAAGAAUGAUCCGCUUCAUUUCCAUCCUGUGCUCCUCCAUACUGAUGCUGUUGUCCACCAGUACUGGCAAGCCACUCGCAGUGGACAUAGUAAAAAACAACGUUAAACUACUGGCCCAAACCACUAUUGUGAGGAUAGAGAAACUUACAGAGGAGUUCCAUAUGUCCCCUAACAUGGUGUUCAGUGGAUUGGAGCUCAUACCAGAAACCCCACUGGACAGACCCAUUGAGGGACUGGCCUCUAUCAUGGAGAACCUCAACAUAUUCCAGAUGAUUCUGUUCAGCCUAGAAGUGGAUGGAAUGAGUCAAAUCCAUGCUGACCUUGUCAGCCUGCAAGGCAUCAUCCAUUCACUUGUCUUGACCUUCAACUGUGCCUUACCGAAACCAGGCAGUGAGAGCCAUUUGGAUGCCUUCCUGAAGACCAACUCAGCCUUCCACGUGACCAUUGGGAAUGUGGCACUCAACAGACUGCAGAGGUUCCUUAGCAAGUUGAUUCUAAACUUGGACCAGCUAAAAACAUGCUGAAAAUU